AUGAAUCUCCACUUGAACAUGGUAACGGCGGUCAUCCUGAUCGACAACGACUCGAACCGCGUGCUCUCGAAGUUCUACCAGCCCGCCCACCCCGACCCGAAGAACCCGAACGCGUUCAAACACCCGUUCCAGACACUCAAGGAGCAGCGGGCGUUCGAGGCGGCCAUUUGGGAGAAGACGCGGAGGCAGAAUGGCGACAUCCUCCUCUACGAAAACCAGCUCGUCCUGUACAAGCAAUCGAUCGACCUGACGUUCUACAUCGUCGGACCCGCGGGCGAGAACGAGCUCAUGCUGCAAGGCGUCCUCACCGGUUUCUACGACGCCGUCGCCAUGCUCCUCCGGCAUCAGGUCGAGAAGCGGUCCAUCCUCGAGAACCUGGAUUUGGUCGUGCUUGCGCUGGACGAGACGAUUGACAACGGCAUCGUCCUCGAAACCGACCCAGUCGCCAUCGCAUCCCGCGUCUCCCGGCCCAAACCCGACGCAGGCGUCAACCUGGCCGACAUCCAGCUCAACGAGCAGAGCAUCAUGCAGGCCUUCACCACCGUGCGAGACAAGAUCGGCCAGCGGAUCCUGCAGGGUUGA